CGCUCACCCACGUGGAUUUCGGCCCCCUGUAAUGGUCGCUGCUGAGGAAAAUAUGGGGAGAAAUUUACAGAUCGUCUUGGAUCGUUGCAGCUUUCUUUGUUUUUUCCCACCUCCAAGGUAGAGGUGUGAAUUUCUGUUCUUAAUAUGUCCUAUUACCACGGGGACGAUACGGAUUACAUGGCUGAUGAGUACGAAAUGGAGGACAUUGAUGAUGAUAUGGAUGACGAGUAUCGCGGUAGAGAAAUGGAAGGCUCGGAUUCUGAUGCUGAUGAAUUCAACUCGAGUAGCAAAAUAGUUGAUACCACUGCUGCUCAGGCAAGAAGAGGAGUAGAUAUUCAAGGUAUUCCUUGGGAGAGACUUAGUAUUACUAGAGAGAAGUACCGGAAAACUAGGCUCGAGCAGUACAAGAACUAUGAAAAUAUUCCUAAUUCAGGAGAGGGGUCGGAGAAGGAUUGUAAAGCUACUGAGAAAGGAUGUUCAUACUAUGAAUUUUGUCGAAAUUCAAGAUCUGUAAAAUCAACCAUUCUUCAUUUUCAGUUGAGGAACUUAGUAUGGGCGACAUCGAAGCAUGAUGCCUACCUUUUAUCACAUUUUUCUGUAAUUCAUUGGUCAUCACUAUCGUGCACCAAAUCUGAAGUUCUCAAUGUUUCGGGACAUGUGGCACCUACAGAGAAGCACCCUGGGAGCUUAUUGGAGGGAUUUACACAGACACAAGUCAGUACACUUGCAGUAAAAGAUAAGCUGCUUGUUGCUGGAGGAUUUCAGGGAGAGCUUAUUUGCAAGCAUCUAGACCGCCCGGGUGUUAGUUUUUGUUCCAGAACAACUUACGAUGAUAAUGCUAUAACUAAUGCUGUUGAGAUAUAUACCAGCGCUAGUGGUGCAGUUCAUUUCACUGCUUCUAAUAAUGAUUCUGGAGUCAGAGAUUUUGAUAUGGAGAAAUUUCAGCUUUCCAGGCACUUCCGUUUUCCUUGGCCAGUUAAUCAUGGCGCCUUGAACCCAGACGGUAAACUUCUUGUGAUAGUUGGUGACAACCCUGACGGUUUAUUGGUGGACUCACAAACUGGAAAGACAGUUGCAUCUCUAUGUGGGCACUUGGAUUUUUCAUUUGCAUCAGCAUGGCAUCCCGAUGGCAUUACCUUUGCCACUGGGAACCAAGACAAAACUUGCAGGAUUUGGGAUGUAAGAAAUUUGUCCAAGUCAGUUGCUGCUCUAAAAGGCAACCUCGGUGCCAUUCGGUCCAUUCGUUAUUCCUCUGAUGGUCAGUACAUGGCAAUGGCUGAACCAGCCGACUUCCUGCACGUGUUCGAUGUGAAAACCGGAUAUGAGAAGGAGCAAGAAAUCGACUUCUUUGGAGAGAUCUCUGGUGUUUCGUUCAGUCCAGACACAGAAUCACUUUUCAUCGGAGUUUGGGAUCGAACUUACGGUAGCCUUCUCGAGUACCACAGACGCAGAAAUUAUAGUUACCUCGAUUCGCUGUUCUGAGUUUGAAAGUUUGUUUUUGGAGAAAAAAAACACAAAAACAAACCUGAGAAUAAGUAGCAGCAUGCAGUGGGUAUGUUGUAAGUGUAUAUUUAGUAUUUUGUGAAACAAAUAGUGUUAUGUUUUCUGGUUUGAUGACACUUUGGUUUUGAAGAGACAGUUCGAGUGUAUGCAGAAGGGAGUGUAAAGAAAGGCUUGUGGGGAUAAUAUAAUGAAUAGAUGGCCAGGGUGUCACCUCUUUGCUAA